UGUGCGCCUGUGCGUUUGUAAACAUACACGUAAUUUAAAUAUAAAAUUAAAGGGAAGUUCGAGAAAAGUCGGAUAAGUUCGUCGAGGAAAUGUCCAAUACUGCUGUAUGUAUAUCUGUAUAUAUAUUCUAAAUUGUCAGUGAAGAAACAUGACAGAUGAUUUGCGUUUGGAUACAUUGCCGUCCGACGCUCUUAUUUUAAUUUUUGAUUAUUGUCAUGCAUUCGAUUUGGUUAGACUCAGUGAAGUGUGUUCCCGGUUUCAUGAAAUUAUUCGGGAUAAAAUAUUAUGGGUCAAGAAAAGUAAGCUGACUCUUGCCACAAAUCAAACGUCCAAAAGAUUUCGUGCAAGAUGUAAUCCUGUACUCUGUUUGAGGACAAAGUGGCAAAUUUCUCAUAAUUGGCAAUAUGGAAAAUACAAUACAAAUCUUAUUUUCUCACAAGGCAAAAAAUUAAUGCCAUGGAUUCAAUUAUCUGAAGAUACUUUAUGGUGGAGUGGAGGGCAUCAACUUUUUGGUUUUGCACGUAAACAACCAUUUAGUCACAAUGAUAUUAAAUUUGCUCAGCUAAAUAGAAGAAGUGAUAUUUGCAAAUUUGUUGUUCGUGAUGAUUAUAUCAUCAGUGGUCACAGGGAUGGCAGUUUAAAAUUCUGGUCACUCACCAAUUCUGGACCACUUCAUUAUGAUGGAACAAAUUAUAUUGUGAACCAUUUAUGCUAUAAUAUUGAAGAAGCACAUUCUACUGAUGUGAAUGCUGUGGAAGAAACACCUCAAGUUGUUAUUUCCGGUUCUGGUGAUGGCGUGAUUAAAAUAUGGAUGAGACCAGGAGAAACAAUGACAAAUGUGCCUUUGAAAUGUUUAAAUGUUCAUGAUCGAAUUUGGUCACUGUCGGCAGAUCCAACGGGACAAAAAUUUGCUGUAGGAUCAUCUGGAAUUGGAGAAGGUGCACCACUACAUAUUUUCGACAUCGAAAGCUGCAAGGAAUCAAAUGUUAUGAUGCAUGUUUGGAGAAGAGGUGCUGGAAUAUUGGAUAUGGUUUGGGAUAAUCCACAAACUCUUCUAACCUGUGGAUAUGAUACAUACUUAAGAAAAUGGGAUUUAAGAAGUGGAAAAUGUGUCAGUUAUUGGCCUGAUCCAACUGAUGCAACAAUGUACUGUAUGUCUUCAGAUUAUCAGUACUCGGUGGUUACUGGAGCACAGUUUAAUUGCAAAGCAGUUUUAUGGGAUCAGCGACAAAUUAAUUAUGUACAGUUGUACUUUAUGAAUCUCCGUCGCAUUUCAAGUCCACUGUACAGUUUAUGUUUUGACAGUACUCAUCUUUAUGGAGCUACUGAUCAACAUUUAGUUGAAAUGGAUUUCUCUGGUCGUUGCAAUAAAGAGAAAAACUAUCGUGAAAUUCUUAAAUACAAAUGGAAUACCAGUGAAAUUAUACGAAGAUGAAAGUACAACAAUAUAGAUUAAUGCAUAUAUAAUUUAAAUUUAAAUAUAUAUUUAUGAAAUAAUUUUAGCAAAAUACCCACAAAUUGUGUAAAUGUACAAAAUUUAAUUUUUGCAAAGAUAUAUCAAAUAAUAUUGCCAGUCGCUUAUUUGUUUUUUGUUUUAAAAAACUGGUAACAAGAAGAAGUAAAAUAUUUGAAAAUGAGAAAAUAAUCAAUCCAAAAUACUUUGUAAAUAAAAUAAUGCAAUCAAAAAUAAAUGUUUAAAACGUUUUGAAAA